AUGCCGACGAGGUGGUUGUCCAUUCGCAAACGAAAUCCUCUUCUUCACAACGAGUCGACGGCUGAACCGAGUGCGAAGCAGCAGGAAUUUGAUUUUGCCUUUGGGGAGUCGUCUUCAGCUGGCCAGGGUGCUUCAGGCAGGAUUGGGCCCAGGCUGGUUCAGAUUCGUCCUACGACUUCCGGUAGCCCAACUGGAAAGCGGAAACUGCGUGUCGAGGUCCCUUCGAUUCGGCCACGGACAUCGGACAAUCACAAACCCUCGCCUCUGCAGAACGUGAAUGGUAUAUCGAAAUCAGAAGACAGCUUGAUAGGUUUGGCGUUUGGCAGCCCAAGCCAUCCUCCCGCCUUCUUCUGCGGUCCUCCGGAAGAAUCCAGUGCGGUCGAUCAGAACCCUGUUCUCCGCCAACACCCAGAAACUCCAGGCACCGCCGCUCAGAUGCACUCUAAGAGAUGGAGGAAACUAGGGACGCUGUUCAAAUCCCGACAAGCCGCUAUCAGACGAGACGAUGUUCCCUCAGGCCCGACUAUAGGCCUUCCGACUGGUUUUGUGGUCCUGGACAAAGACCCAGCGGCGGAGUCACCCAAAGUCGAAGGCGAUAAACAGCGAACGACGCAACCGGACCAUCCGAGGCGUGACGCGCCGCCGCCACCGCCCAUCGAGAAGAAUCAAAAGUCCUCGAUUCUGAAAACGAGCGACUUAGUUAUCCAAAAGCCUGAAGAUGACUUAAUAUCAAGACCUUCGACCGCGACCGCGACCGAUGCAGGGUCCACUGGGGAGCCGUAUACACGUCCGCCUUUACCGAAGCUUGAGCUGGAUAUUCCAUUCAAUCUCCCCGCAGCUAAGCGCUCUUCCUCACUUCUCGCAAGACGGAGUAAGGCUCUGGAUAGUCUCAAAUCCUUCGACGACAGUCGGCCUACAACUCAAGGCACCAAUAAUGGCGACAGUGACGAGCGUCGAAAUCCUGAAUCGGAGCCUCUGACACCUCUGAUGCCACCAAGACGACUGACGACGCCAACCAUGACGAGGUCGCCGGCAGCGAGCAAAUAUUCUUUGUUUCCAACCACUUCUCCUGCCCCAGUGAAGAUCGUUGGUCGAGUACCCGGCUCAGAUCAUGACACCCUGCCGCCAAGUCAAUUGCGAAGAUCAGCCACUUCCCCAGCCCGCUUGUCUCCUAUGCAAGACCAUUUCUCCUCCGUCCCAAAGCCGGAACCACUCAAUCCGAAUAAGAUUGCUUCUAUGAACGAGCAUGCUAUCCACAGCCCAGAGGAUAAUACGGCGUCGACAGAUCGCGAGGCGCCCUGGAGCUCUGCUCACUCCUUCCAAUCAUCUGUUUCUAGCGCAACCACGGUCGAUGAAAUCUUUUUUGAUAUCAAAUCUUUCCGAGAUUCCAAAGGCGUGGAGGACGGUCAAUUCGUCAUGACCAGACCGGACUCGGUCCAGGUAGAGCUGGCUCGAACGCGGUCCAAACGAGCACCUGCCCCAAGCCACCUUCGACACGUUGAGGCUUCGUCCGGCAGCGCAGGCGAUGUCCCUGAGCGAAUCACCCUGAUCCCACCGGAGCCACCGGCAGCAUCGAGUGGUGCGCAUUCUGCAUUGACGACAAAGCACACCUCGGUCAACACCGCCUACUUCGAUGAAGCAAUUGCUGCAGUGGAGAGACUCACUGCACCCACGGGCAGUGCUGCUUCUGCCGUUGAAAAGGUCCCUAGCAUUCCCACCUUGACGAUUGCGCACCAUGACGAAAAACCACAUCAGCUGGCCCCGAUCGUGACCGUCCAGCAAGUGCGCCCGUCUGAUCACCAGUCACGAUUAACCAGCAAGACUCAUGAAGAAGUCGGCCGCCUGAUCCCUUCGCCUGUGGUUGAAGUGAAGGAAGACGAAUCCCCCAGAUCGAAUGUGUCGCCCAUAAGUGUUGCGAGGUCCCCAUCGGUUCAGCAACCGCAGGCGACGAAGGGGGUACCUCCUCGCCUGACCGCAAUCAAGCGCGUAGAUCGUCCCAUUGACGAUUCGCCCACAAUUCCUCAAGGCCCGCCUAGCCCGAAGAGAACGGCCAAGCCGACAACAGCACCAUCGGACGACAAGCCGCCUCCAGUCCCCAAAAAAGACGCCAAGUUCAUUCCUCUCUCAAAAUACGCUGCAAAGAGCACUGUGACGGCCAUUGAGCAACGGGCUGGCGUGGUGCCGACAAGACCUGUGCGUGCCAAUACUGAAGAUCUGGCUCUGCGAUCGGCGGCGCCCCGGGCAUCGAAAGAACGAUCUGCGACGUUGCCUUCGUCGCUCCAGCCUCACUCUCAUGAUGUAGUACAUAAGUCCUCACUACGCGGCCUAGAAAAGGUCAUCCCACCCCGACCCAAUCCGGUGGCUUCAAAUCCGGUGACCGCAGAGGUUGCAGUCGCGCGAACUGUCUCGCUAUCCCGCAAGCAAUCCGCACGUAUUCACGUCCCUGGACCCCGACUCGCCGCCCGCCGUGCUGAAGCCCAAGCCCAAGCACAGGCUCAAUCCCAAGCACAACCUUCUUCGCAAUCCCAACUGCAAGUCGGCCCCCCACCGCAACAACAUAUGCGCAACCCAUCAAGCACGUCUCAAAGAUCGAACAAAUCCCAACGCACUUUCCUCGGUGGCGGCCACCGGCACAAACGCACCGCGUCUUCUGCUAAAUCGGCGUCCCGCGCCUCGAAAGAUCUCUCCGCCAACAAGAAUGCUCUCAAAGUCACCAAGCCACAGCCGGACGGCAAGACCGGGUCCAGCUUCGGCAAGUUUCUGUGGAGCAAGGAGUCGGAGAAGCAGCUCAUCAAGGAGGCGCGCAAGUGGGAAAUCCUCGAGAAGAAGAGCUACAGUCCAGUCGUAGUGCAGGCAGCGAGAGGACAUCGGCCUGGCGUUAGUGUCGGGUUGGUCGUGGAGAGCAUAUGAUUUUCUUUGGUUUUCUCUUCCCUUCUCAUUCUUGUCUU